CACGAAGGGGUGGGAGCAAACAAACAUGAUUCAGCAAUGAUGGUUUUCAGUCCAACAGAAGCAAGGAAGAUCAUGCUGGGACAUCUAAAAAGGGAAGUGCUGAUGGUACUAAAUCCAACAGAGUUAACACCAGAAGGGCUGCAGCCCUUGCUACAAGCUCUGAAAGGACCAGUGGUGGUAACUCGAAGACAGCUGCAGGUGAUGCCAGCUUGGGUGGCAGUAAUGGUGUUAACUCCACAAUGGUAGUAGUUGAUGGUGACCACUCUGAAAGGACCAGUGCAAAUGGUAUUAACUGUGAAAGGGUUGCUAAUGGUGUUAAUUCCCAGCUGAAUAGUGCUAGUGAGGGUGGUCAAAGGGUUGCUAAUGGUGUUAAUUCCCAGCUGAAUAGUGCUAGUGAGGGUGGUAACUCUGAAAUGAAUAUUGGAUCCAAGCGGAGCCGUGAGGAUGCACCAAAGAGAGGGAGGGCAAAGAUGUCCCGUACAGAAUUGAAAAUGGCUCCACGCAGUGGGAAGGUGGAGCUAGAACCCAGAGGUGAUCGUCAGUUCAAAUAUGUUAAUAUAACCCUAAAGGCCUCAAGUACCCCUCACAAUUGGGAGCCAUUCUCAAACGCGAGUACCCAGGAACACAAUUUCGGUCCUAAGAAGGGUGGCACUCUAAACACAUAUGCUGUGAUGAAAUCUGGAUACAAAACUGUAGACAGCACUGUUUAUCUCUAG